CCGCCUUGUCUGAGCGAUCUAAACGCACGUUUUUUUUUUCACCAGCUAUCGACGCGUUGGGACGUGAAGAAAUUCAUUGAUUUGAUCUCGAGGGAUUGGGACAUUUGGGUUUUUAUCUGCCUUCAGGUUGGCUUCGUGAGAGCUAUUUUACGGCUUUAUUGGCAUUUAUUUUAUUGAACUUGCGCAAGUGUUUCAUGAGACGUCUUAAUGAUUAUUGAAUUUGAUCGAUCGGAUAGAAGAUUUAAUCGGUUGGAUUAACAUCGAAUUAUUUUUCUCGUUUCUUCUGCUUCAUUCAUCGGUCUGUGUCUCUUCUUCGGAAAGAUUGACGAGCGCUAUGAAGUCCACGCAAGAGCUCUUGCCAGAGUUGCAGGGGAAAGACACAACGUCAAUAAAUAACGCUCCUGCACACGAGGUAAUACCAACAAUACCCGAGUGGUUUCGGAAUCGAUGUGUUCUCAUUACCGGGGCAACUGGAUUUAUGGGAAAAGUUCUGUUGUCGAAAUUAUUAAUGAGCUGUCCGGAUGUGGGAAAGGUUUAUCUUCUUGUGCGGGAGAAGAAAGGCGUCGAUCCACAGAGUAGACUCUCCUCACUCGUGCAGCAAGAGCCGUUCAAAGACCUCCGGGCGAAUCAUCCAGAGAGGUUGAAGAAAUUAGCAGUGAUACCGGGGGAUGUCACGGUGGAGAAUCUCAGUCUCUCGGUGGAGAAUAGGGAGCUGUUGAUACGUGACGUAUCAGUCGUCUUCCAUAGCGCUGCUAAUGUUAAAUUCGAUGUGCCAUUGAAGGACGCUAUCGGAAUGAAUACUGCGGGAGUUAGGAAUCUCAUUACACUAUGCAAACAGAUGCAAAACCUGCAGUCGCUGAUCUAUUUGUCAACGGCUUACACCCACUGCGGCGAGAAGAUCCUCGAGGAUCGUGCCUACCCCAGUCCAAUGGUCCCCGAGCAGGUGAUAAGUCUCGUGGAGAUUCUGGACAAUGAUCUCCUGAAUAUAAUGACUCCGAAAUUGCUCAAGGACAUGCCAAACACUUAUGCCUUCAGCAAAGCUCUCGCAGAGGACCUGAUCAACAGGUCUAACUUGCCGGCCGGCGUUGCCAGGCCAUCGAUUGUUGUAGCUUCUUGGAAGGAACCAGCGCCUGGUUGGGUGGAGAACAUGAACGGCCCAACCGGCCUCAUGAUUGGGGCAGCUAAGGGGGUCGUGCGAAGUGUCCUCUGCGAUGGGAAUUUCAUUCUUGAUGCCAUCCCCUGCGACAUCGCUGUCAAUGCUAUAAUCGCGUUGGCAUGGAAAGUUGGCCUUGAAUCACCGGCCAAACCGAUUUAUAUGAAUGUAACUGAGAGUGGGGAGAACCCGAUGACCUGGGGAGAAAGCCUGGCGUAUGGCAGGAAGCAUGCAUUCGAAAAUCCAUUUUCAGGUAUUCUUUGGUAUCCACGCGGUGGAGUAACAAACAACAAGUACUAUCACAAGGUUCUCGUCUUAUUUCUCCACCUACUGCCAGCGUAUUUCGUUGAUGCACUGUGUUUUUUAACUGGUCAUAAACCAUUUCUGGUGAGAGUGCAACGCAGGGUCAGCUGGGGUAUGAGACUCGUCCAAUAUUACAUGAUGAAACAAUGGAUUUUCAGAAAUGACAGAAUGAAAGAACUGAGGGAGCAAUUACUACCAGCUGAUAAAGAGGUUUUCUUCAUGGAUACGAAGGCCUACGACUGGAACGAGUACAUGAAGACAUACGUUCUGGGAGCUCGAAAGUACAUAUUGAAGGAAGAUCCAGCGACGCUCCCCAAAGCCAGAAGAGAUAUUCUUCAUGAUAUGCCAAUGCUAGUGCCGAAUAAGCCGAAUAUGGAAAAUUUACCGGACAGAAUAGCUGAUAUGUUUGAGAAUAAAGAGAUUCUUCUCACUGGUGGGACGGGUUUUCUCGGUAAAGUGAUAGUGGAAAAAUUUUUACGCUGCAUACCUAAUGUGGGUAAAAUACACAUUCUCGUGAGACCGAAGAAGGGAAAAGAUCCGAAAAAUCGACUCGAGGAGAUCUUUAAUUCGGCGCUAUUCGAGAAAGUGAAGAAUUUGCGGGGUCUGCCGGCCCUUCACAAGUCCGUCUGCGUCGUUAAUGGGGAUGUAUCGUUACCAGGAUUGGGAUUGUCGCCCGAGGAUAGACAAAUGCUUUGCGAGAAGAUCAGCAUUGUUUACCAUGGGGCAGCUACUGUGAGAUUCGACGAGCGUCUGAAGCGUGCUGUAUUGCUGAAUACACGUGGUACCAAACAAAUGCUCGAAUUGGCCAAAGAAAUGAAACACUUGGAGCUAUUUGCUCACAUCAGUACAGCUUAUUGUCACUUGGAGGAGAAAGUGCUCCAGGAGAAGCCGUACCCUCCGCCAGCGGAUCCCCACAAGAUAAUCAAGUGCGUGGAGUGGAUGGAGGACGACGUCGUCGAGGCUAUGACCGAUAAAAUUCUGGGGAAAUUGCCAAACACUUAUGCUUUCACGAAAGCAUUGUCCGAGGGACUUGUGGAGGAGGUCAUGGCCGAUAUUCCAGCCAUAAUUCUUCGCCCAAGUAUCAUAAUACCAGUGUGGAAGGAGCCCCUUCCCGGCUGGACAGACAAUAUAAACGGACCAACAGGCCUCCUAAUUGGUGCAGGAAAAGGCGUAAUAAGAACCAUGUACUGCGACGAGCGUGGUUACGCCGACUACCUUCCUGUUGACAUAGCAGUCAAUGCCAUACUCGGUGUAUCAUGGAACUUCAUACACACCAAAGACCAGAGGAGAGUUUACAAUUUAACGAGUAGCCACGAGUUCAAAGUCUCCUGGAGGGAGAUUAUUGAGCGUGGUCGUAAAAUAACGGAAAAGGUUCCGCUGAAUGGUGUUGUUUGGUAUCCAGGUGGUAGCAUGAAGAAAUCACGCUUUAUUCACAAUAUAUGCGUUUUAUUUUUCCACAUGAUACCGGCUUAUUUCAUCGAUACUCUGAUAUUUCUAGCUGGUCAUAAACCCAUCAUGUGCCGAGUACAUCGAAGAAUCAACAAGGGCUUCGAGGUGUUCGAGUACUACGCCAACAAUCAAUGGGACUUUGAAAACCACAGCAUCGAGGUUGUUAGGGAUAAUUUCAAUGAAAGAGAGCGCAAGAGUUACCAGCUCAACGGGGAUGACAUGGAUUUGGAUGCCUACUUCGAGGCCUGCAUCAGAGCUGCACGAAUUUACAUCCUCAAUGAGCCUCCCGAGACGCUACCUGCGGCUCGGAGGCAUAUGCGAGUGAUGUACUGGGUGGACGUUUUCACGAAGAUAAUGGUCUUCGUCCUUCUGAUCUACACCCUGUGCAGCUGGAGCGACAGCUUCAGAGCAUUCCUCAUCGGUGGCUGGACAGUCGUUGCCAACGCCAUCGACGUUUGAAGUUACAAAAACAUGUAGCACAUUUCCUCUCUAUUUUCUACUAUAUACUGUAAUUUUUGUUAUCAGUACCGACUCAUUGUAAUUAAAAUAAAGUGAAUGGAUACAUGAA